CUAUGUAAAAGAAGUAGUAAGUUAACUUUUUUAAUAAUUUUCCUAUAUAUAGAAAGCGAUAAAAAGCAUUAUUAAAUAUUUGUUUUGAAAUAAUGAAUCACCGUAACUUAAAUUUUUAACGUAGUGGGUAUAUGUAAGAACUCACUUACAUUUAGAGUUUGGUAGAGUUUUCUAAAGUUAUAUCCAAGCAAAUUGAAUUGAGAUACAUUGUAUAGACUAUAGAUUGAAAGAGAUAGAGAAAAGGUUAUUAAAAGCGAAAAACAUCUUGUUGAUAAAAAUGGAGAUAGAAAGCGAUAAAAGGAUAUAGACUGGAUAUUGAAAGAGAUAGAGAAAAGGAUAUUAAAAGCGAAAAACAUCUUGUUGAUUAGAAUGGAGAUAAAAGGCGAUAGAUGGGUAUAGAUUGGAUAUUGAAAGAGAUAGAGAAAAGGAUAUUAAAAGCGAAAAACAUCUUGUUGAUUAGAAUAGAGAUAGAAAGCGAUAGAAUGGUAUAGACUGGAUAUUGAAGGAGAUAGAGAAAGGAUUAUUAAAAGCGAAAAACAUCAUAUUGAUUAGAAUAGAGAUAGAAAGCAAUAGAAGAUUAUAGACCCGAGAUUAAAAGUUAUACAAUUUUUCUAUCACUUUCUAUCUCAGAGAUAAAAAGAUAUAAAAAGUGAUAAAUUUUCUAUCUCUUUACUUCUAGCAGGGUUGGCCACUUUUUGUCGAUCCUGGCCCACUGUGCAGUGGUAGACCUGGUUGAUAUUCUUUUAAAAAAUGGUGCAGAUGUAAAUAUUUCAAGUAAAUAUGGAGGAACACCACUUCAUAUAGCGACUGACAGUGAAAACAUUCAACUUUUUGAGAUUCUUUUAAAAAAUGGUGCAGAUGUAAAUAUUACAAAUAAAUAUAAAGAAACACCACUUCAUAUAGCGACUAAGAUGAAGAAUAUUCAGCUGGUUGAUAUUCUUUUAAAAAAUGGUGCAGAUGUAAAUAUUGUAAAUGAAGAUGGAAAAACACCACUUUAUGUCGCCACUAAAUUAAAUAACAUUCAACUUGUUGAAAUUCUUUUAAAAAAUGGUGCAGAUGUAAAUAUUGCAAAUCACUUGGGAGAAACAGCACUUUAUGUCGCCACUGAAGAAAAUAAUAUUCAGCUUGUUGAUAUUCUUUUAAAAAAUGGUGCUAAGCUAAAUGGACAAGAUAAUUUUAGAAAAUCAAUUCGACGCGCUGCUGUGAAUAAUAAUAUUGAACUUAUAAAAAUUCUUUUCAAACAUGGUGCCAAAGUUUAUCAACUUGACAAAGCUUAUGAAGGACGAACAGAUAAAGAAAGUUCAAUGACAGCUCUUCAUAUUGCUGUUAAAUAUAGAAAUUUUGAAAUGGUUAAAUUGUUAAUGACGAAUGGAUUUGACAGAAUUGACGCUAUAAACGAAUUGGGUGAAACUCCCUUGGAUUUGUCAAUACAAUCUAAUUGUUUAGAUGUUGUUAAACUCUUGAUAGAAAACGGCGCAAAAAUAAGAAGUAAACCUGUCCUUGAAGAAGCACUUCACUUUGGCAAUUUGGAACUUUGGAAAUAUUUAUUAACAUGCAAUUCAACAAUAAUUCCAAAAAAAUUUCUAUGUGAUUCUGAACUUCAUUCAGCUGUGCGUGCGAGUCAAGUAGAAAUUGUUGAGGAAAUCAUAAAAAAAGAAGCGAGUAAAGUAAAAUUUGAUCUUAGAUCUUGCGGAUGUGCAGUUUAUAUUGCUGUUGAAAAUGGAAACGAAGAAAUCCUUAAAAUUCUACUAACAGCGGGUUUUUCAAUUGAAAAUUUUCUUGGAAUAAAUCCUCUUCAUGUGGCAGCAACAUUCAAGUAUACACAAUUAGUAGAAUUGCUUUUAAAAUUUGGUGCCAACAUUAAUUCAAGAACAGAUAAACAUGAAAUCACCCCCUUGGAUUUUGCAGCAGCUGCAGGUCAUGCAAAUAUGGUUAAAUUUCUUUUAGACUUCGGUGCUGAUCCAAUAAAAAGUGGAAGUCAUUAUACUUCACUUUAUUAUGCACUGCACAGAUUAUCAGACAUUGCUAAUGUUACUCCUUUAAUGUUUCAAAAUUUGUUAAAAAUUACAGAGAUGUUAUUAAUCGCCGGAGUUAAUAAAAUCGACGAAGAUAAUUAUAAAAAUUUAAUAAUAAGUUUCAUUGAAUUAACAGUUUCUAGCGAUGAUGAUCAGAAUUCAUCUUGUUUUAACUCAAAAGAAAUAUCAAUGGAAGGGAAUAUAAAUGACGAGAAAAAUAAUGAAAAAGGAGAAUUUCGUCCCGAAAUUAUUAGAUGCCUGCUGAAUUAUUUAAAAGAAUAUAAAGUCAAUGGUGUGUUAGAUAAUUUGUCAUAUUGCAACACAAAAAUUAGUUUAAAAAUUGCAAAUGUUAUUAUGGAAUACUAUGAUUACAGAAAUAUAUCUCUUUCGAGCAAAAAUUAUUGGAUAACUGUACACGUGAUCGAUCAAAUUGAGGAUAUCCAUUAUCUUUUGAACAUUAUACGCCUUGCUCCAAUCCAUAUUUUAAAGGUGUAUGUUGCGCGACUAGAGCUACUUCCUUGCGAUCAAGAAGCGGAGAAAAAGAAAGUCAAUUUUUAUAAUCAAUCCUCCGAAUAUCUCGAUUGGCGAAAUGAAUGUCAAAAACAGAUAAUAAAUAUGCAAAACUCGGGGACAACAGGCCACUAAACAAAACCAAACCAAACCAAAUAUGCAAAAAACAAAAAUUAUCGACGAAUCAAAUGUGACUUUUUACGAUAUUUUAAUGAAAUCUAUUAAGAAAGUUUCGAUUAAUAUAAGAAACGAGAGAUUAUUAAAUAGCUUAGAAUUAUCGAUCGAGAAAUUUCCAAUUUAUGCUGACUUUUUUAAGAUACGUGUUAGUAAAGGUAAACAAGGAAAUGAAUUAAUUGAUAUGUGCGUAAAUGGUAUGUUUCAUCUUAUUAAAAAGAAUUAUAAAAUUACAUUUUGUCCUGAAGGUAUCCAACAAAUUUUACAAUAUCUUUCAGUAAGCGAACUUCGAAAAUUAUCAAUGGCGUGUUCUUCAUUAUUUUCGUGAUAAAAAAAGUGGAAAUUUUAAUUCUUUUUUUUUUUUUAAUUUGUCGUAUUUACUACUUAUAUUUUUGUACUCGAAAUUAUAUUUAAGAAAUUAAAAAUAACGCUGUAAUUUACCCACCAUC